CUCGAUCGUCAUAAAACCCUAGGGCUGCAACACAAUAUAAUGCACUCGUUCAUUCUUCCUUCCCACGCCGCCGCUCCCUCUCUCCCUCUCCUUUCACUAUCUCCAUACUCUUCCCCACCGAGCGAUCGACCACGGCCUGAGCUGAAAUCGCCGCAUCUCUCGCGUGGUCUCUGCAUCUCUCGCGUGCUUCAACUAUGGCCACCGCCAGAACUGUCAAGGACGUCUCGCCCCAUGAAUUCGUCAAGGCAUAUUCCGCUCAUCUUAAGCGCUCUGGCAAGAUGGAGCUCCCUGAGUGGACUGAUAUUGUGAAGACUGGUACAUUCAAAGAACUCGCUCCUUAUGACCCUGAUUGGUAUUAUAUCAGAGCUGCCUCCAUGGCAAGGAAAAUCUACUUGAGACAGGGUCUUGGUGUUGGUGCAUUCCGGAGGAUUUAUGGUGGGAGCAAGAGGAAUGGUAGCCGUCCUCGUCAUUUUUGCAAGAGCAGUGGUGCUAUUGCUCGCAACAUUCUUCAACAGUUGCAGGAAAUGAACAUUAUCGACAUUGAUACAAAGGGUGGGAGGAGAAUCACAUCCAGUGGCCAACGGGAUCUUGACCAAGUUGCUGGGCGGAUCGUUGUUGUUGCCCCUUGAUUAGUGAAUGGUUGGGCUGUUCUAUUUUUUGAGCAAAUUUUGUUACAUCUGUUGACUGUGGCCCAGAUGAACCCAUUGCUGUGUUUUUUUGUGUUGCUGUCUUUUGAGUGUUGGUCAAUUUGCUUAUUAUCUAUUCUCAAUACUUCUUGUUUGAUAGACUAGAACAGUUGGAAAGUGUGCUAAAUAUAUGCCAUCAUUUUAAAA